AUGAACUCUCACGAGGACGACGGAGAGGAUGAGACGGACGAUUACGUCAUCCAGCGCAGCAUCCACGAGGCCUGCCAGGAAGCCUUCCUCAAAUCACCUGCCAGCUUGGCCCCGCCCACCGCUGACAACCUGAGAGUGCUGGCGGCCAUCGAGCAAGGCGAGGCGUCCGCGCUGAGGGACAUGCUGAGGCACGCGUGCGACUUGGCGGAGGCGGACAGUCGCGGCUGGCUCCCCCUCCAUCGAGCCGCUUCCCAGCCCAAUCUGGAGGUCCUGGAGACCGUCUUGACACGCGGGGGGCUGAACCUGGAGGAGAGGACGGGGGUCGGCGGAGAGACGGCGCUCACCUUGGCGGUCAAAGGCGGCCUGGCGAGCAACGUGAGCGCCCUGCUGGUGCGCGGGGCGUUGCCGAACACCGCCAACGCCACGAACGAGUCUCCCCUGUUGCUAGCGGUGAGGGCGGGGUCGUACGCGAUGGCGUCGGCGCUGGUGUCGCACGGCGCCUGGGUGGAGCAGGUGUGCCGGAAGAAUUGGAGCGCCGUGCACGAGGCGGCCAAGGCGGGUCACGUGGACGUCCUGAUGCUCCUGCUGAGGAACGGCGGACGCGUCAACCAGAAGGACGUCACCGGGGUGACGCCGCUGGCCGUGGCCGCCGAGCACGGACACUUCGCCGUCACGGAAAUUCUGCUCAACUGUGGCAGCAGAGUCAACGCUCAGGCUUGCAACGGCGAGACUGUCCUGUUGGAUGCCGCCGGCACAGGAAACACUUCCUGCAUCCAACUGCUGCUGGACAACGGAGCCGACCCCAACCUGGCCAGCGCCCACGGACACCUGCCCCUCCACAAGGCCGCUUACGCCGGACACUACGAAGCAUUGAAGCUGCUCAUCCCGCUGACCAGCAAGGCGGCCAUCAAGGAGGCGGGGCUAAGUCCUCUCCACACGGCUGCAGAGGGCGGCCAGAGUCGAUGUUUGCAGCUUCUGUUGUCGCGAGGCUUCGACGUCAACUUCCGCUUGAGCAGCAGGAAGUCAGAGAACUACCGCGACAUGAGGAGGAGCGCUUUGUACUUUGCUGUUUCCAACGGAGACGCCGAGUGCACCAGAGUCCUGCUGGCGGCGGGGGCCAAGACCGACCUGGACCCUCUCUGCUGCCUCCUGGUGGCCGUGCGCUCGGGACGCUACGACAUGGUGAGGCUGCUGCUGGACGCCAACGCCGACGUCAACUGUCACUUUGGCGUGGUGAGCGACACUUCCUUCCCCACCGCGCUGCAGUACUGCCUUAAGGACCAGGUGAUGAUGAGGAUGCUGCUCAACCACGGCUACCAGGCGGAGAGAUGCUUCCGCUGUCACCACGACAACGCCUGCCAGGGAACGGAGGAGGCGGAGGAGAAAAUUCCUUUUUGUGACUUCAUGAGCUUGUGCUGCCUGGUCCACCUGGCUGGAGGUGUGGUCAGGACUCUGCUGGACUACUUGGACCAGGUCCACAUCUGCUCCAAGCUCAGACACGUCUUGGAGAAACAACCUGAGUGGACGCAAAUAUUGGACAUUCUGUGCAGUCCUCGCUCCCUGGGACACCUGUGCAGGUUGUCCAUCAGAAGACGUUUGACCCUCAAGAGGCUCAACAACACAGAGGUCAUGAACUCUGACCUGUUCCCUCCCGGCCUAAGAAGUUUCAUCCUGUACCGCGACCUUGACCUCUACAAGGACAAACAUUGA